ACAUAACCGCUGAGUUCAAAGUAGUUACGUAAUCUAAACAGGACUUGAGUCUGCGCAUGUCUGAACGUGACCCGGUUAAUUUUCCCUUGACUGCUAUCAAGAUCAAAAAGAGGGGCGUUGAGCUCAUUGCUCGCUGCUGGCUGGAUGCGAGAGCCGGGCCUCCUUUCUCAUUGGACUAGUCGGCCAGACGAAGCUGUCAGCCCAUGUGGCGUGGCGAGGCACAAUAUCAGACAUUUAAAGUCAGCAGGGGGACGAAGAGAAAAAACAUUCAAGCGCGGAUGCUGCCUUUCACCUCGGAAAUAGACUCCUGGUUGUAAAGUACUCCCGCCCGCUGUGGACCGACGGACGGAAUAAACGAGCCAACCCCCGUGGUCCAGGAGUCCUCGCAUCCCAUUCAAGUGUUUUUGGCUCUUGACUUUUGAGAAAGAAAGACGCCAAACAGUCACCUGCCAUGGAUGACAUCGUCAUUGCAGGAAUAUCAGGCCGUUUGCCCGAGUCAAGCAACCUGGAGGAGUUCUGGGAGAACCUCAUCAAUGGAGUGGACAUGGUGACAGAAGAUGACCGCAGGUGGACACCAGGCCUGUACGCUCUCCCCAGGAGGAACGGGAAACUGAAGGACAUCAGCUGCUUUGAUGCGGCCUUUUUUGGAGUCCAUCCUAAACAGGCCAACACCAUGGACCCUCAACUCCGUCUCUUGCUGGAGGUCUCCUACGAGGCCAUUGUAGACGCAGGACUGAAGCCAGCUACUCUCCGUGGCAGUAAGACGGGUGUCUAUGUCGGGGUGAGUGGUUCAGAAGCGAGCGAGGCCUUCAGCAGAGACCCAGAGGAGCUUCUCGGUUACAGCAUGACUGGCUGCCAGCGCGCCAUGUUGGCCAACAGACUCUCCUACUUCUUUGACUUCAAUGGCCCCAGCACGGCUAUCGACACCGCCUGCUCUUCCAGCCUGCUGGCCUUAGAGAACGCCUUCCACGCCAUGCGCUUGGGCCAAUGCGACGCUGCGCUAGUUGGGGGAGUCAACCUGCUGCUCAAACCAAACACCUCAGUGCAGUUCAUGAAACUCGGCAUGCUCAGUCCUGACGGGACGUGCAAGUCCUUUGAUGCUUCAGGCAAUGGAUACUGUCGCUCCGAGGCAGCAGUGGUGGUGUUGCUGACCAAGCGGUCGGCAGCUAGGAGGGUCUAUGCUACAGUGUUGAACGCUGGGAACAACACAGAUGGAUACAAAGACCAAGGAGUGACGUUUCCUUCAGGUGAGAUGCAGAGCACCCUGGUUAGUUGCCUCUACCAGGAGGCAAACAUCUCACCAGAGCAGGUUGAGUAUGUUGAAGCCCACGGCACCGGAACAAAGGUGGGUGACCCACAGGAAGUGAACGGCAUCGUCAGUGUGUUCUGUCAGUCCAAGCGAGAGCCACUGCUCAUUGGCUCCACCAAGUCCAACAUGGGUCACCCAGAACCGGCCUCUGGUUUGGCUGCCAUAGCAAAGGUGCUACUGAGUCUGGAGCGAGGCGUGUGGGCCCCCAAUCUUCACUUCAACAAUCCCAACACUGACAUUCCUGCCCUCAUCGAUGGCCGGGUUCAAGUCGUGGACCGGCCUAUCUCUGUACGUGGCGGCAUCGUUGGAAUCAACUCCUUCGGCUUUGGGGGCUCAAAUGUCCAUGUGAUUCUUGCCCCCACUGAGCGGAGUACUGGGACACCGGCUGAGACGAGAACGGUCCCACGUGUGAUUCAGGCGUGUGGGCGUACCGAGGCCGCUGUGAACGUGCUUCUCCAAAGCGCCAAGGAACACAGUGCUGAUGACUGCUUCCUGUCUUUGCUCAAUGAAGUCUCUGGAAGAACGACUGCUAGCAUGCCCUAUCGAGGCUACACUCUGAUUGGCUCUCAGGCUGACAUCAAUGAGGUGCAACCGGUGCAGGCCACUCCCAGGCCCCUCUGGUACAUCUGCUCAGGUAUGGGGACGCAGUGGGCGGGCAUGGGUCGCAGCAUGAUGCAGCUGCCUGACUUCAGAGAGUCCAUAAUGCGGUCAGACAAGGCCCUAAAGGACACCGGUUUAGUCAUAUCCCGCCUGCUCCAGGAAGCUGAUGAAUCCACUUUCGAAGACACGGUCAAUGCCUUUGUGGGUCUCGCCGCUGUACAGAUAGCCCAAAUAGACCUGCUUGCUAAGCUGGGACUAAAGCCUGACGGUAUCGUGGGUCACUCGGUGGGAGAGCUGGCAUGCGGCUAUGCUGACGGCUCCCUCAGCCAUGAGGAGGCCAUUCUCGCAGCCUACUGGAGGGGGCGUUGCAUCAAAGAGGCAGAUCUUCCUCCCGGGGCCAUGGCUGCAGUGGGGUUGACCUGGAAGGAGUGUAUGGCUCAGUGUCCCAAGGGCAUCGUCCCAGCCUGCCACAACGCUGAAGAUUCAGUCACCAUCUCUGGUCCUCAGGAGGCGGUCAGUAAGUUUGUGUCGGAGCUGAAGGAACAGGGGGUGUUUGCAAAGGAGGUCCGCAGCGCAGGUGUGGCUUUCCAUUCCCACUACAUGGCCUCCAUCGCUCCUACCCUCUUAACGGCCCUAAAGGCGGUCAUUAAGAAUCCACGGCAGCGUUCAUCCCGUUGGGUGAGCACCAGCAUCCCCCAGUCGGAGUGGGACUCUUCGCUGGCUUUGUACAGUUCGGCCGACUAUCACGUGAACAACCUGGUGAGCCCCGUUCUGUUCCAGGAGGGCCUCAGCCUGGUGCCUGACAACGCUGUUGUCUUGGAGAUAGCACCUCAUGGUCUCCUUCAGGCCAUCCUCAAGCGUAGCCUGAAGGGGACAUGUGUUUCACUAUCCCUCAUGAAGAGAGGUCACCCCAAUAACCUUGAAUUCUUUCUCUCACACAUUGGCAAACUCUACAUGAAUGGCAUCAACGUGGAUGGGAAUGGGCUGUGUUCAGGAGUUGAAUACCCUGUGCCGGUUGGCACCCCGAUGAUCUCGCCCCUGAUUCAGUGGGACCAUUCCCAGACCUGGGAUGUUCCCAAGGUGGAGGAUUUCUCCUCUGGUGCUGCUGGAUCCAAUUCUGCUGCUGUCUACAACAUCAACAUAAAUCCUGAGUCUCCGGACUACUACCUGAUAGGACACUGCAUCGAUGGGCGAGUCCUCUACCCCGCGACAGGCUACUUGGUGCUGGCCUGGCGGACCUUGGUUAAAAGCCUGGGUCUUGUCAUGGGUACCACUCCUGUGAUGUUUGAGGAUGUCGCCAUCCACAGGGCCACCAUUCUGCCAAAGGCUGGCUUGGUACAGUUGGAAGUACGUUUCAUGCCUGCUACCAACAAGUUUGAGGUUUCAGAGAAUGGAAACCUGACUGUCAGCGGCAAGGUGAGCGUUUUGGAGGAUGCUGCACUGGAGUCGUUCCACAGUCAGUUAAGGCAGGGAUCUCACAAAGACCACCAUGACCCCAAACUGAAGCUCUUGGCGCACGAUGUCUACAAGGAACUGCGCCUCCGUGGCUAUGACUAUGGGAAGACCUUCCAAGGCAUCUUGGAAGCCGACAAUGCAGGAGACACCGGCAUGCUGCAAUGGACAGGAAACUGGGUGACCUUCCUGGACACCAUGCUGCAGAUGAUUGUUGUCGGGCUGUCGGGCCGGAGUCUUCGCUUGCCAACCAGGAUCCGCUCGGUCUGCAUUGAUCCUGCGGUCCAUCUGGAGAAGGUCUGCAAUUAUUCCGAUGAACAGCAAGCUGUGGCAGUCCACCUCACCCGCUGCCUUGACACAAUCGCCGCCGGUGGAGUCCAGAUCACUGGCCUGCAUGCGACUGUGGCACCACGUCGACAGCAGCAGCAGACCCCUCCCACCUUGGAGGAGUUCCUCUUUGUUCCCUACAUGGAGAACCAGUGCCUGGCAGCCAACGGGAAGCUUGUGGAGCAGCUGAGACUUUGUAAAGGAUUGAUCCACAGGCUGCAGCAAAAGUUAACCUCUCAUGGGGUGAAGCUCUCCAUCCCCGGGCUGCAGGGGGUGUCUGAAAGCCCUCUGCCCAGCCCCGUGCCCUCAGAACCCAGCUUGGUGCGGCUACUGGCUCUGCUCUGUGACCUGGAACUGAACGGCAACCUUUGUUCGGAGCUGGAGCAGACCGUGGAGAAGGAGCGGGCGUGUCUGCUGCAGGACAGUCUGCUCCAGGGGCUUCUGCACGGUCCGGCCCUCAGACACUGUGUGGACACUGUCAUGGAAAACAGCAUGCCUGGCAGGAUGAAAGUUGUGGAGGCGUUUUCCAGUGACGGACAGCUCUUCUCCCACAUCAUGCAACUCCUCAACAUCCAGCCCAUGCUACAUGUGGACUACAUCGCUACAGCAGCCAAUCGGGAUCUUCUAGCUCCCCAUCAGACAACUUUAGACGAACUCGCGGUUACUUCAGCUCAAUGGGACCCCAUGUCAGGCCCCGCCCCCGGAGGCACCAUCGGCGGAGCUGACCUGGUGGUUUGUAACCAUGCAUGGUGCCCGCUCAGUUUGGACCCUGCACUGCUGGUGGCAAAUCUGGCUUCUGGAGCCAGGCAAGGGGGCUUUGUUCUCCUCCACACGCUGCUGAAAGGGGAGACUCUCGGGGAGACGGUGAACUUUCUCUCCAGAACAAAUGACAACUGUCAGCAAGGACUGCUCACACAGGCCCAGUGGAAGAAGGUGUUUUUGGAGGCUUCACUCACCCUGGUGGCCAUCAAGAAGUCCUUUUACGGCUCUGUGCUCUUUCUUUGUCGCCGUGGAGCCCCCACCGUGCAGCCAGUUGUGCUACCUGUAGACAGUGCUGACUACCAGUGGGUGGAAACACUCAAGGCAAGACUAGCUGAGCCCUCAGACUCGCCAUUGUGGUUGACAGCUUCUCAGGCGCACUGCGGUGUCGUGGGAAUGGUCAACUGUCUCCGGCAAGAACCAGGUGGCAGUCGAAUACGCUGUGCAUUUGUGUCGAAUCUUGACUGCUCGUCAGAUGCGCCAACACUCCAGCCGGACCAUCCGUCCAUGCAGUCGGUGCUGGAAGGGGACCUUGUCAUGAACGUAUUCAGAGAUGGGCACUGGGGAGUCUUCAGACACCAACGUGUAACUCUUGAUACAAAUGAAGAGUUGACAGAGCAAGCCUACGUCAAUGUGUUGACUCGGGGUGACCUGUCGUCCUUACGCUGGAUUGCCUCGCCGCUGCGUCACUUUAUAGCCGGCAAGCCCAACGUGCAGCUGUGUCGUGUCUAUUACAGCUCGCUCAACUUCAGAGACAUAAUGCUCGCUACGGGCAAGCUACCGCCCGACGCUAUCCCAGGGGACCUAGCUCUGCAGCAGUGCAUGCUGGGCAUGGAGUUUUCUGGUUCUGACCCCAACGGGCGACGUGUGAUGGGACUGCUGCCCGCUAAAGGUUUGGCGACGUGUGUGGAUGCGGAUGAAAGAUUCCUCUGGGAUGUCCCCACUAACUGGAGUCUAGAGCAGGCGGCAUCGGUACCGGUGGUCUAUGCCACAGCGUACUACUCUCUGGUGGUUCGGGGCAGACUCCGCCCUGGAGAGACUGUACUCAUACACUCCGGAUCAGGAGGUGUCGGCCAAGCCGCCAUCGCCAUUGCCCUCAGCAAAAACUGCAAAGUCUUCACAACAGUGGGCUCAGCAGAGAAGCGAGCCUACCUGCAGAAAAGGUUCCCCAAGCUGUCAGCAGAGUCCUUUGCAAAUUCUAGAGACACAUCCUUUGAACAGCACAUCCUCCUCCAGACGCAAGGCAAAGGUGUGGAUAUGGUGCUGAACUCUCUGGCCGAAGAGAAGCUUCAAGCCAGCAUUCGCUGUCUUGCACGACAUGGCCGAUUCCUGGAGAUUGGCAAAUACGACCUGUCCAACAACUCCCCUCUUGGCAUGGCUCUAUUCUUAAAAAACGUGACAUUCCACGGCAUCUUGCUGGAUGCUCUCUUUGAAGAAGGAAACACUGAAUGGGAGGAAGUUUCUGAGCUGCUGAAGGAGGGCGUUGCAGGAGGUGUUGUCCAGCCUCUCAAGACCACCGUCUUCCAAAGGGACCAAGUAGAGGAGGCGUUCAGAUACAUGGCUCAGGGCAGACAUAUUGGCAAGGUCCUUCUGCAGGUGUGUGGUGAGACCACUGGUGCCAGCCUCCAGUCUGCUGCCCCUGUGAGGCUUCCAGCCCUGUGUCGUACCUACUGCCUCCCUUCUCACUCCUAUAUCAUCACUGGGGGACUUGGGGGCUUCGGACUCGAACUUGCUCAGUGGCUGACGGAAAAAGGAGCCCGAAAAUUGGUGCUUACGUCCAGAUCUGGAAUCAGGAAUGGUUACCAGGCAAAGCGUGUACGUGAGUGGCAGAGUCAGAACGUGGAUGUCUUGGUGUCCACCAGUGACGUCAGCACACUGGAGGGAGCAGAGAAGCUUGUGGCUGAGGCCUCCAGGCUGGGCACAGUGGGUGGGGUCUUCCACCUUGCCAUGGUGUUGAAGGACGGCAUGUUGGAGAAUCUGACUCCUCAGCACUUCAUUGCUGUCAACAAGCCCAAAUAUGAUGGCACCAUAAACUUGGACAAAGUCACAAGAAGUUCCUGUCCAGAGCUCGCUCACUUUGUGGCAUUCUCCUCGGUCAGCUGCGGCCGUGGCAACGCCGGGCAAAGCAACUACGGUUACGCCAACUCUGCCAUGGAGCGUUUGUGUGAGAAGCGGCGCCACGACGGGCUGCCAGGGCUCGCAAUCCAAUGGGGCGCCAUCGGUGAUGUCGGCGUGGUGCUGGAGACCAUGGGCGGCAACGAUGCGGUGAUUGGUGGCACCCUACCGCAGCGCAUGGCAUCUUGCCUGGACGUGCUGGACCACUUCCUGUGCCAGCGCAGGCCGGUGAUGUCCAGCUUUGUGCUGGCGGAGCGAACGGCCGUAAAGAGUGAGGCAGGAAGUCAGAAGGACUUGGUAGAAGCUGUCGCUCACAUCCUGGGUGUACGGGAUGUCACCAGCCUUAAUGCUGAUUCCUCACUGGCUGACCUGGGCCUGGACUCCUUGAUGGGCGUGGAAGUCCGCCAGACUCUAGAGCGGGACUAUGAUAUUGUUAUGGCCAUGAGAGACAUCCGCCAGCUCUCCAUUAACAAGCUGCGGGAACUGUCCCAUAUGAAGCCGGAAGGAUCAAACGUUAAAAAGGACGUCAUCCGAACAUUGUCAGAAUCCAAUCUGGCGCAGCUCCUGGUCAACCCGGACGGCCCCACUGUGACGCGGCUGAACAAUGUGCAGAACCAGGAGACGCCAUUGUUCCUCGUCCACCCCAUUGAGGGAUCUGUUGCUGCUUUUAAGACCCUGGCCUCCAAGCUUAGCCUGCCUUGCUAUGGCUUGCAAUGCACCAAAGCUGCUCCUUUGGACAGCAUCCAGUCUCUGGCGACGUACUACAUUGACUGCAUCAGACAAGUUCAGCCAGACGGCCUAUAUCGAAUUGCCGGCUACUCGUUUGGUGCCUGUGUGGCGUUUGAAAUGUGCUCUCAGCUGCAGAACCAGAAAUUGGCUGUGGAGAAUCUCUUUCUGUUUGAUGGAUCCCACUCCUACGUGGCAGCCUAUACGCAGAGCUACAGAGCCAAGCUGACACCAGACAAGGAGUCUGAGGCUGAAACGGAAGCCUUGUGUGCCUUCAUCCAGCAGUUCACUGGCACCGAGUACAACAAGCUCCUGGAGACGCUCCUCCCGCUGCCAGACCUGGAGGCCCGUGUCACCGCAGCCGUGGACCUCAUCACGUCCAGCCACAAGAACAUCAGCAGAAACAUGCUGCACUUCGCCGCCACCACCUUUUACUACAAGCUGAAGGCGGCAGACGCUUACGUCCCUGCCACCAAGUACGACGGCGACGUGAUGCUACUGCGAGCCAAAACCAGCAGUGAAUACGGGCAAAACCUGGGGGCGGACUACAAGCUCAGCGAGGUGUGCAGCGGCAAAGUGUCAGUCCACAUCAUCGAGGGCGACCACCACACGUUUUUGGAAGGAGAGGGUGCGGAGUCCAUCGUCAGCAUCAUUCACAGCUCACUGACUGAGCCAAGAGUGACACCAAGGGAGGGUUAGCUCCCUUUGGGCCACUUAGUUUAGGAUAUCUUUGGCUUUCUUUCAUUGAGGGAGGAUCCUAGACUAAGUCUUACACACUCAAUGUUUACAAUCUGUGCCAUUUUGCUACAUUAGCCAUGAUCUUAAAUGUCCCUAAAAUGCUAUUUCAACAUACAAGCAUGUUAGUCUGUCAUGCAGCUUGGGCCUGGGCUCAUUUUCAUUUGUCUGGGCCUCACUCGGACAGAAAAAACAUGCAAAUGGAGGCCGAUGUUGAAUGAGCUUUAGUGCUUUUCACAUUGAAUAUUCCCGUACGUCUAUUUAACGUGUCUACUUUUCAUCCUGACUCUCUUCACAUGACAGUUACAGGGAAUGAUAGAUACCAAAUAAUGGGACGCACACAGCAGCGCUAAAUCAUGCUGCACAUUUCAAUGAAGAUCAUGUUGAAUUUCACAGUAAGACCCGUCGUUACGGAGGUGACGCUGAUUGAAAAGGAGGUCAUGUUCACCCCUUUUUUUUUCUGGCAAAAUGUUUUUAUUUCAUUUUCUCCUCAAUGACUUCGGAAUUGAGAGCGUUUGUUACUGUUAAGAUGAAAGUCAUUUACAUACAGUCGUCCCUCGUGGCUUCACUCUGUUAAAAUAUAUUCAUUCAUCAUUGUGCAAGUAUAUACAAACUAAUGGGAGAAGUAGUAGUAUUCUACACUGGCCACUAGGUGGCAGCAAUGUUACAUUGAUAGAAUAGCCACAGUACAAAUACUGGUACUUGAAAAAAAAAGUAUUAAAAAACGUGAGUCGAAAUGAUGUCUUAUUUUCUAUUAUGUGUCAUACUUGUGUAAAGGCGACUAUAGGGGUGUUAUUCCAUGUCUAGAGGGCUCUAAUAGUGGGAAUUAACUCAUCACAGUUUGGUCUGGAACCAAUUAACCGCAAUAAACGAGGGGCGACUGUAUGUGGACAUGAACAAUCACUCCCAAUUAGGCCCUCCUUUUGCAACCUAGCCAAGAUGGCCACUGAUGAGAUGUAAUGUGUCCACAGUGAUGGACCCAUAAUAAUGGUUAAUGGAGGGAUUACAGCCUUCCACGGAAGACCCCACCCAGCCAUAGUAUUACUCUGAAUAACAUAGGUGGGACUAGUAGUUGUCUGUGAUACUAAUGCCUGUUGUAUGCGUUGCAGAGCCUUUAGCCCCUAAAUGAGUGUCAACUGGGAUCUUGGCUGUGAAAAAUGCAACAGCUCACCUCGUCUCUGAGAUGCUUGGCUAGUCAAUGAAGAGCACUGAGGUGACUGGAGACACGUGUACUAGAACAGCCUACUGAUCUGUACAUCCGCUAAUAAAGGCCUCUGUGAACUCAA